AUGGCGGUCGACGUGUCUCAAUUUGUAGUAAAGACAAUUUCUCUCCUAAGUUUAGAAAGGAAAGCUGAAAUCGAGGAGACAAAAUCUCUUCAAGAGAAUGUCAGUCCAAAGGAGCUUCAAAGAAGGGGCGUUUGUCUGUUGAAACUUCGUAUCCGAAGCCGAAGGACGGGCUUGUAUGGACGACUUCUUCUGACCUUCGAGAUAAAUAAGCCUGGCUCUGAUGGCAAACUCCCGACACAUUCUUUAACACCUGGAGACAUAGUGGGACUUAGUUGGUUGAAUUCCAAUCAAGCAGCAAGUGAUAUUGCCUCUGGAAUUGUAAGCCGUGUUUCCCAGACAGUUGUUACUGUAGCAUUUGAUGAAACAGCUGACAACCUCAGUUUUGAUGAUGAUGGUCCAUUUAAACUAAUCAAAUUGGCAAAUGAUGUAACUCACAAAAGAAUCAAGAGUGCCCUUGACACCUUAACAAAGUACAGAGAGGGGCCAGCUGCUCAUUUGAUUGAUGUACUGUUUGGGAAUGUACCUCCUGGACCUCCAUUACAGAUCAGACCCUUCACAGAAGGAGGAGAGAUGCCAUGCAUCUUCUUCAAUCAAAGUCUUGAUGAUUCACAGAGGCAAGCAGUUAGGUUUGCAUUGUGUCAGAGAGAAGUGGCGAUAGUUCAUGGUCCACCUGGGACUGGGAAAACUACAACUGUUGUUGAGAUUAUCACUCAGGCUGUGAGAAAUCUUAAAAUGAAGGUAUUAGCUUGUGCACCUUCAAAUGUUGCUGUUGACAACAUGGUUGAAAAGUUGAUUAAAAGCAAAGUUAAGGUUGUGAGGAUUGGUCACCCUGCUCGACUGCUGAGUGUUGUUCAGGAUCAUUCUUUGGAUGCUUUGCUGUCUACUUCUGAAGGAACAGCCAUUGUGCAAGAUGUCAGAAAAGACAUUGAUGAUACACUGUCAAAAGUAAGAAAAUCAAGGAAUCAAUCAGAAAAGAAGCACCUCAAACAAGAAAUAAAAUCUCUACGAGGAGAGCUGAAGCAAAGAGAGGAUAAAGCUGUCACAGAAAUUCUUACCAGCGCUGAUGUUGUCCUGGCAACCAAUACUAGUGCGUCAUCUGAUGGUCCCCUUAAACUUGUCAAGCAAGACCACUUUGAUUUGGUUGUUAUUGAUGAGGCUGCGCAAUCUCUCGAGGCUGGCUGCUGGAUACCUUUAUUACGGGCGUCAAGGUGUGUUCUUGCAGGUGAUCAUCUUCAGUUACCUCCCACAAUAUUAUCCAAGAAAGCGGCCAAACAAGGGUUAGAUGUCACUUUAAUGGAGAGGCUCAUAAAAAUGCUGGGAGAUGGAGCCGUGCGCAUGUUAACAACGCAGUACAGAAUGAAUGAGGCGAUUAUGAAGUGGUCGUCUGAAAAACUGUACGAUGGUCGACUUAACGCAGACAGCUCUGUGAAUUCACAUCUUUUAAAAGAUCUUCCUGGAGUUCAAGAAACAGACGAGACGUCAAUUCCACUUCUUUUGAUUGACACCGCGGGAUGUGACGUCAGAGAAAAGGAGGUGGAAGAUGAAGUGUCAAAAGGGAAUGAAGGCGAGGCUGACAUCGUCGCUGCGCAUGUCAUGGCGCUUAUGACGGCUGGGCUCCAACCUAAUGACAUCGCCGUCAUCGCACCUUACAACUUACAGGUGGAGCUACUCAGAUUACGUCUCUCUUCCAAGUAUCCAGCGUUAGAAAUCAAAUCUGUGGAUGGUUUUCAAGGAAGAGAGAAGGAAGCUGUUGUUAUAUCACUGGUCCGUUCGAACAAAAAGGGUGAAGUUGGUUUUCUCGCCGAACACAGACGAAUUAACGUUGCAAUUACUCGAGCUCGUCGCCACCUGGCUGUUGUUGCUGAUUCCGAGACUGUCAAUCAUGAUAACUUUCUAAAAUCCCUAGUGGAAUACAUGAGCAGCGAAGGAGAGGUGCGAUCGGCUCAUGAAUAUCUCCAGGAUUCACUUCCAACUAGUGUUAACUGUUACACGUACGAGCAGGACGAAGUUUCCAUGUCUGAAAUGACAGGUAAUGAAUGGAAAAAAAAGAGCACAGGAGAAACAAGACCCGAUUCUGAAGAACGAGAUGUAAAAGGAGAAAAGAACUUGAAAUCAAAAGAUAAUUCUGAAAGCGGAAAGGGCACAAGGAAAUUAGAAUUCAGCGGAGCUGAGGAGAAAAAAGAUGUUUCGUCGGUUGUUUCUGAUAAAGCAUCCAAUCUUACCGAAGAAAACAACGAACAAAUUUCUGGAAAGAAUGUCAAAAAAAUGAAGCAAGAAAAAAGUAAAAAUAUCAGUAAUGCGGUUACGAAUUACAGCCGUGAAAAUGUUGAAAAAGAAAUUGUAGCUUUCACUCAGGAUGCUACGAAGAAGGAGUUGAUUUUCCCGAAGUCGCUGAGCUCACAACAGAGGUUUGAUGUUCACAGUAUUGCAGAGAAGUUGUCUCUCUGUCAUGAAAGCCAUGGAGAGGGAAAGGAGAGGUAUAUCGUGAUUAGAAAAGCGAUAUCAGCUUCAAAAGACGACGAAGAUGAUUCCGACCUUUUGAGCACAUGCUCCUUUUGCAAGAAACGAGUCCCAGCCUGUAAUCUCCAGCUACACUCUCUUCGCUGCGACCAGAUGCAGAGAUCUAAACUGGCCGAAACAAACAGAGCAGAAAGGAAUCAGGAGAUGUCGGCUCCGCCAAGUGCGAAGCCGCAGAAGACAAAACUUAAAACCAAAUCCUUGUCAGCGUUACAACCAGAAGAAGACUUUGACAAACUAUUGGCUUCUUUUAACAAAUUAGACACACAAUGUGGCUUCGACGGCUGCAAAAAAAGUAUUAGAACUCUUGGACAGUUGUGUAAAUGUUGUGAUGGUACGUUCUGCUUGUCUCAUCAUAUCCCCGAGGUUCAUGGUUGUGGUGAAGCGGCAAAAUUGAGAGCUAGACAACAAGCUAGCAAGCCAAAGGCGGGGAAACCAAAAGCUUUGGACGUGACUCGUAAAGCGCAGCUACAGAGAAAAUUGGACAAAAGACUUGAUGAUAUGUCGGAACAAAGGAAAUCAAAGCGUAAAGGAAAAGACAAUAAGUAAAAAGUUAUAACAAAGUGUCUGCAACAGGUCAUUAUCACAAAUCCCUCUUGCCGUGUUGUCUCCCGCCCAGACAAGUCCUUCAACUUUUUAAAUCGCUGUGAUCUUUCGCAAAAUUUGAGACUAGUUUUGCUUUUCCGGCACCAAAGGCGGUUACCCAAGAGAGAGCUCACUGUAAUUGAGAGAGAGAAAUUUUGGCGCUGAUCAAAUUGUGUUAAAAAAGAAAAAUGUGAAAAUUUUGGAAGAUUUGAUUUAUGCGCUUGCUCUAGGUCUGUUAGGAAAGACUUACAUUUGCGCGUAAGUAUGAAGGCAAACAUAAGAAUAUCCCUAUGGCACCGAGAGAGUUUUUAGCCUUCACCUAAAGUGUGUUAACGAAAUAAAAGUUUAGAUUUUUAUGGUUAAAAAAAAGAACAAAAAAGCUAUGUAAAUGAGACAUGGUUUGAUGCUACUCUGGUUUACAGUGUGUGCUCCGAUAAAGCUGAAUUUUCCUUUUUGCAAAGGAAAACCGCUUUUUGGUGCUCUUUUUGCUUUAUCGGAGCACACAUGCCUAACUAACCAUACAAUUGGGUGGGAUAAUCCUAAAAUUAUCACCACUUAUCGGCGUGACCAUCAGCACCUUUGUUUGGAGGCUUGGCAUAUUAACCCCGUCCACGCUCCUUUAAAUCGUGACGAUGGCGGUUUGCUUCCUGACGCCUAUUUACACCUCGUCAGAAAAAAAGUUCGCUAAUUAGUUAUCAUAUAAAAGGACCUCUUGUUGCAGCGUUUAGAUCACCCCUGAUGAAGACACUAGACAGGAGUGUCGAAACGUUGGGUCUAUGAAUUGUAACUUCUUCGGUUACAUUCAUUAAAUCUGUAAACCAGAAUAGCAUCAAACCAUGUCUGAUUGUCCACCUGGUUGUCGUGUGAACUUUAAUAUAUUCUAUGUAAAUGAAUUUAAGUUAGAAUUGUAAAAUACA